AAAUCAUGUUAAGUACACUAUUUCCUAGCUGGACUUGUGUUUAUUCACACAAAAGUGUAUAUUCACAUCAGAGCGGGAAUAUUACUAGUGAGCAUUAGCUUACCGAUUUAUUUUUCUUUCAGAUGGUGCGUGUGAGAACGGAGGCUCCCUGUACUCCCCUGCUGGAGGCAAUACCCGCUGUUACUGGGUAAGCGGGAUAAGCACUUCUGCUAUGGACGCCAAACAAAAAUGCACCGAUUCCAAUGGGGAGUUAGCCCUGAUCCCGGACCCAUCAGUAAACAGUUUUAUUGCGGAACUUAUUAUGAAUAAAGGAUACACAGUAUUUUGGUUCUACAUCGGAUACAGAUAUUUAAAAAAUGAACUCAAGAGUAUGACAAAUAAUGAUUUACAAACUUGGGCUGAAUGGGAGCUAGGAGAACCGACAAACGUCCAGUAUGAGGAUUACGUCGCUGUACAAUUAGUAGGGAACAUUUUAAAAUGGCACAAUGUUAUGGUGACCGCAUCCAAUUUCAGAUCUCUGUGUAUGAGUUCAUAUACUACCACAUCUACCGAAGCACCAGAUACUACAUCUAUCGAAGCACCAGAUACCACCACAUCGACCGAAGCAUUAGAAACCACAUCGACCGAAGCACCAGAUACCACCACAUCGACCGAAGAACUAGAUAGCACCACAUCGACCGAAGCACCAGAUACCACCACAACGACCGAAGCACCAGAUACCACCACAUCGACUACAGCACCUGGUACCAUCCCCACCGCUACAGCAUUAGCUUCAUCUACUGAAGCAGCCGCAUUUACCGGUACACCUUGCAACUGUACGUGUGCACAGACUCCCACCAAAAACCUAACUGAUGAAGUUUUGGAAGAAAUUCAAAAAAUGAAGAAAGAACUUGAAGUAGACAAAACCAUAUUGUCCUCCACAAUAAGAAGUAAAACCAGUGCUGAGGACCCCCGUCCCUCUGCUACAUUUGUCGGGGGGACUUUUAGCGUCGUAUUCAUGACUUUCAUCUUUGGGGGGUUUGUACUCAUGGAUUUUCCAGUCUUGGUAGCAUUGGUAAAACAAAUGAUGGCUUUCAUCAGAUGAAUAAAUUAACACGUUGGAUUGAAUAUGAAAUCAGAUAUGAGAGGGAAAAAUAAUCAUUCUUAUCAUCCAGCAACCACGAGAAACUGUUAUAUUAAGAACUAGGAAUAUCUAAUUUAAUUCGCCUGUGUGUGUACUGUCUUCCUUUUAGGUGUUACAUGUACAUCAUCGUUUCCAAAUAUGUUAGUCAACAUUAAACCAUAUGCAUACAACAUGUAUAUGGGCAAAUUUGGGCAGUCA